UACAAAUAAAAACAAAAACCACACUGAAAACUCAUAUUUCAAACUGGCAGCCGUACAUUUUUCAAAUUAACUUGAAAAUAUAGAAUAUAGUACGUCUGCCUUCCAUUAGAAGCUCUAUGUAAUUUUAACGGCAUACACCAUUUUAUUGCCAACCUGGAGUGUUUUACAAAUUCCCGAUGGUCUUUGAACAAAUAAAUGAACACGUGACAAAACGCGGAAGUCGUUUGACCUCAACAGCAUGUCAGAAGCUCCUCUUUGAAUGUGACAAUAUAAUAUUUGUAUUUGUAUUGAAAUGGGAACCCUCGUCUUUUAAGUUUACAAGGACUGCUGUGAUGGAUGCCAAUCUAGUGUACUGGAAGAGCCAUGGGGAGUCUGUAUUUUGCCGUUUCAAGAUGUGGGCGAAUCUUCUGGAUCCAUCCUUUCUGUUCAUAUCGAAUGCUGUGAUACAAGAAACACGCAGUCAACUUGGAAGUGGAGAAAACGUCAGUAAAAAGGAGGAACAUGCAUGGAACAUCUCCCUUUCUUCUGUGCAUGCUGAUUCUGGUUCCGUGCUUCCAUUAGUUUUUCGACCUCCAGCAUUUUUGCCAUUAACUGCUCCUUUGGUAGUUGCUAAUUUUUUGCCACAUAAAGGUAUCAAACCAGCCUUGUUUUGGCAGUUUUUACUACAGAGUUACACUGCUGGUUUCAACUACGCAAACAGAAAUUCUUCUUCCGAGCAGAACCAGACAGGAUCUCUGAAGCAGCCUCUCUUGAUAGCAGGGACAGUCUCAUAUGCAACAUGUGCCGGGGCGCUUCCUCAAAUUAUUGUGAACCGACUGGAUUUAAGAAGCCUACACUUUCAAAAUUUCUUCAGGUUUAUCGUUCCAGUCCCACUCUCAGCGGCUCUUGCCUUCGUCAACGUUUUUACUGUCAGAGGGGAGGAAUGCGAAACUGGCAUCCAAGUUUUUGAUUCCAAUGGGAAUUAUGUCGGCAUAUCUAAGGCAGCGGCACAAAAGGCCGUGAUGGAAACUGCAUUGUCAAGAGCGGUACUGUUUGGCACAACUGGUGCCGUUCCUAAUCUCCUGGUUUCAAUUUUAAAGAGAACCCAACUUUUCCAGAAGAACCCUCUGCUAAUCGCUCCUACCCGUCACAUAAGUGUCGCGUUUGUACUCGGCCUGAUGAUCCCCCUUUCAUUCAGUCUCUUCUCACUAAUGGGGACGAUAAGGAAAGAAAAUGUUGAGGAAGAGCUCCAGGUCAAGAUGGCCGAAGAACACUUAUUCUACCAUCGAGGACUUUAGCCCAACUGAACCUACAGAAGGCUCGGACCAAACGUAGAAUGACAAAGACGUACAUCAUUUUUAACAAGUAAUUUAUUAAUACCCUCGGAAUAUUGUGAGCAUCUGUCGAUGCCAAAUACACAUCUGUUCAUAAAAAUACAUUUAGUCAUCCAAUGUUACAUCAUGAAUUCUAUGCACUGUAUUGUGGAAUGAAAUAUUGAGGCACAAAUCAUUCUCACAAAUGUAUCCCACAAAGCAACGAUUUAUUAUUCAUAAUAAUUAAAGAACAGAGCUUGAAAUGAGACACAAUCUAAUAUUUUGUUGACUAGAUAAAUUUAAACACCUGUUUGAACACAUCUGAAAUGAUUAGCAACUCAAUUAAAUAGAAAAACUGACUUGGUUUAAAAUGGUAUAAGUAUUGCUAUCACUAUGGCAAACAAGACAUUUUUUUUUGUCCUGAAAGGCGAUGUGAAACAUUGACUAGCAAAGAGUGGCUGCUCACCCUUCAGGUAUGACAAUAAACAAACGAGCAAAUCUUU